CACUAUAUCUCUCCUUGUACUCUUCUCCAUUGGCUUGUUCUCCACUCCUUCCUUCUCAUACCCCUGGAGGUAGUGAGCGAGCGAGAGAGGGGGGAGGGCUACAAGAUUAUAGCGCAUUACUUGCACACACACGCACACACCACACACACAAAUACAUACACAAAUCAACACAUACACAGAGCGAGAGACAGAGAGUAAGAGAGAGAGCUAUGAGAGGUAGUUAAAGACAGUGGCGUUCAGAGUACUAGAUAUAUGUAUAGAGAGAGAGAGAGAGAGAGAGAGAGAGAGAGAGAGAGAGAGAGAGAGAGAGAGAGAGAGAGAGAGAGAGAGAGAGAGAGAGAGAGAGAGAGAGAGAGAGAGAGAGAGCAAGAGAGUGUCGAGAGAGAGCAAGAGAGAGUCGAGAGAGAGUGAGAGAGCAGCACAGUGAAACAGCGAGAGAGUGAGCAUCACCGUAUAUUUGUUUUCUUUUGAGGAGAGCAGGCUGCUCAGUUACCGACGGCAACGCGAUGCCGCACAACCAAUGCAAACAGGAGCUGUUGACCAUUUCUAAUGUCCCUCUGACCGCCUGCCCUCCAUCUCCCCCACGAACGGCCCCCCCCACCAUGAAGACAGCCCAUUUCUUUGACUUGAUGGACAAGAUGGAGCAGGUGCCAGAGCUGCCAGAGAUGAAGACAAUCCCAUCGAGACAGAAGGAUGACUACAUCCCUUAUCCCAGGAUAGAGGAGGUGUUGGAGAGGGGCGGGCCUUACCCGCAGGUGAUCCUCCCCGAGUUCGGCGGCUACUGGAUCGAGGAGCCGCGGGAGGGGGGGCCCGGUGUCGGCCCCCAGGCCUCCGUCGAGACACGCCCCGAGGCCGGGGAGCUGGAGGAGGGCGGAGGAGGAGGAGGAGGAGGAGGAGGAGAUGGAGGAGGAGGAGGAGAGGGAGGAGAUGGAGGAGAUGGAGGAGAAGAGAGGGAUGCUUACGGGUAUCACCUGGAGGACGUGAACGACGCGGCGCGGGCGUAUCGCAAACACUUCCUGGGCAGGGAGCACUUUAACUUCACAUGCACCUCCUGUAGCCACGGCAACCUGUUGCUCUCUGUGAGACACGAGGAUGUGCAGGAACAGGAAUACCUGCAUGUCAUCCUUAGGUCCCGGGCGAAGACCGUUUAUGACAGGCUGUCGCUAGGAGACCUGCCCGAGAUACCCAGCAUCCCUCAACUGGCUAAGCUCCUCUGCGAUGAUCCAGCCGGGCGCUUCAGCCCCGUUCUGUACCCCAAGGCCUCCCAGCUCAUUGUGAACUAUGAUGAGCACGAGGUGAACAACACCUUCAAGUUUGGUGUCGUCUACCAGCAGUUUGGUCAGGUGUCUGAGGAGGAGCUGUUCGGGAACAAUGAGGAGACACCUGCCUUCAGCCGGUUCCUCGCCCUCCUGGGAGACACCGUGGACCUGCAGGACUUCAAAGGGUUCCGCGGGGGUCUGGACGUGUCUCACGGCCAGACGGGCACCCAGUCCGUCUACACGGCGCACAGGGGCCAGGAGAUCAUGUUCCACGUGUCCACCAAGCUGCCGUACACCGAAGGGGACCAGCAACAGCUGCAGAGGAAACGCCACAUAGGAAACGACAUCGUGGGGCUGGUGUUCCAGGAAGAGGCUACACCUUUCGUGCCGGACAUGAUUGCCUCCAACUUUCUCCAUGCCUUCAUCCUGGUGCAGGCAGAGAAGCCCUGCGGUGAUGACACCACCUAUAAGGUGUCUGUCACAGCCAGGGAGGAUGUACCAUCGUUUGGCCCACCCCUCCCCAACCCGGCAGUCUUCAGGAAGGGCCCAGAGUUCAGAGAGUUCCUUCUCACCAAGCUCAUCAACGCAGAGACGGCGUGCUACAAGAGCGAGCGCUUUGCCCGACUAGAGGAGCGAACGCGGGCAGCUCUGCUGGAUGUUCUCCAUGACGAGCUGCUCAGGCGCACCCAGUGCAUGCUGGGAUUGAGCGUGGGUCCAGAGGAAGAGCGCGGAGAAAACGGCCACGCCCAUGGAGGGCUGCUGGAGUCCAUUAAGAGGGCCAUGCGAGGGCGCAGUGUUUCCAUGGAGACCAUGGCGAGGGGGGGCGGUGCGUUGCCCACCAGUCUGAGUGGCGGGGGUCUGGCUCACGUUGGCACAGAGGCAUCUGGUGUGAAGUCUCCAGUCAAAAGACGCUCUGGUCUGUUCCCACGUCUGCUCAGCGUCGACAGCCAGACGGAUAAACAGACCUAUCGCAGCCACCUGAGCGAGCAGCGCAGCUUUGACAGCUGCCACCUGGCCCAGGAGGCCAGGCUGGAGACGCCUCCUAGUCCCGGCUCCCCAGAAGCCCACCACAACCGGGACAGGCUCCAUGUCAAACCCAAAGACGGCAACAGAUUUUCCCCGUCCUCGUCGACCCUGGAGGACUUCAACAGCCACCACAUGGCAGAGGCAGAGAACGCUCUGCCGGUCUCCCAUCAUGCAUCGGGGCAGAGCCACUCCUCCUGUCUGACGGUGGACGGAUCCCCGGCUCCGGUCAUCAUGUGUCGUAGUCCCACAGAGCUGAAGAAAACCUCCCCCAGGUCCAACUUGAAGUUCCGUUUUGACAAGCUAAGCCACUCUUCAGCUGGACAUUAGAAGCCUCUGGUACUAUUCUUGAUGUGACGGACACCAACUCGACGAUAACACGGAAUGACGCGAGGGUCCUGAGGACGGUGCGGGUGAGGAAGAGGAUGAGGAAGACUUGGGACUGGACCAUUUUCAUUCAAGAAACGUCACCCACAUCUCAAGAAGUACAGUCAAUGUUUAUUUAUAUGUGAUCUAGUGUCUCCCAAGAGCAAUUGUACAUUGCCCACUCACACAUACACACACACGCACACAAGCACGUACACACACACACUCACGCAUGCACACACACACACACACACACACACACACACACACACACACACACACACACACACACACACACACACACACACACACACACACGCAUAGACAAACACACCUGGGAAGAGAAUGAACUUUGCACAGCUGUGACUCUCUGUCUGCCAGCGAUUGUCAUGUGAUGUUGAAAGAUGAAUUAAUUUAAUUUCGUCCAUUCCUCCUUGAAACCAUAUGAAGGUAUCCCAUUCGUCUCAGGUCAUUUGCUUCUCCCCCAUUGAUCAAAGGACAUCUUCAUUAGAGACAACCAGUGUGUGACGUACGUUUCCUGCCAAAUAAGGGACGGGCAGUUCCACACUAAUGGGAAACUCCAUUGAGUCUGACUGUGUCUACUCUGCUGAACACAUUUCGGUUUUCGAAGCUGCAAUGAAAGAAAGGGUGAACGUGGCUAGCAUUUUCUAGUACAGCACAUUUGAUAUUCUGUUGCCUUUGUUGCAAAUCCCCCCCCCCCCCUUUGUUUUAUAGCAAAUUCAUGAUUUUGGAGUACAUUACUUGAAAAAACGUAGAGUCGUGUAGGUGUCCCCCUCUAUGGUUGUAAACAGGCAACGCACUUUGUUGUGAUUUUGAUGUUAUUAAUAUUUAAUAUUUGUGUUGGUUAUUCGAUGAGUCAGUAACGUUGGAACACAUUCAUUCUGUAAUUGGUGAGCAACUAGAGCUUGUUAAAUCGUAAAAAUAAAUCGUACGCACGUUAAUAUUAUUCAUCAAAAUUAUACAAUUCUUCAUUUUUCAUUUAAUAUAAGCCGCAGACAUUAUUCGAUUGAGCAAAGCCUGAGCUGAUACCGUUGACAAGGAAUGGCAGGGCUUACAUAUGCUAUUUUACCCAUGUAUUUUCAGCCCAGUAACUGACUACCUCUCUAUACAUAGUGGAAUGGAGCCUAAUUCUGUUAAAGUGCAGUAAGAUAAAAGUAGUUGUGUCUCCUUUUUUCCAUUGGAACCUGAGCUGUAGGCUACUGUUUUAAUUCUCUCUGUAAUGCUAAGCUAUGUUACAAACCAACCCUAUCCCUAUUUCUAUGCUUUUCCCCUUGCUUAUCAGUGUACAUCUCAUGGAAUAUGUCACAAUUUGCCCAUUAUUUUGCGUUCUCUUUGCACUCAAAUACUUCUCUAGACAUGUUAGGAUAUACUUUAGGAGUUUGACCUCUCAAUCCCUUGUGAAAACUGUUCUCAUUAACCUGAUAUUGUUUUUGCACUAUAUUGGUCAUAAUUUUGUCCGGGGGUUAAACUUCAAACUUCCACCAUAGACUGUAUUAAUUCAUUCAUAAGGACUCAAAUCUCCAUUGAUCAUUCAGUCCAUUGGACCAACAUUUUCGAGUGUCAAAUCAAUUCCUUUGAGUUUUUUCUAAAUGUUGUUGGUUCAGGGGUCGUGACAGAGUGUACACCGACCGUUUGCUCUACAGCUCGGAGGACCAAAUACACACAGGUCACAGGUGUGACUUCAGCCAAACUGUCCGUUCAGUCCUGUGGCUUCUUGACCACGUAAUGUAUAAUUCAUCUGUUUCCAUCUAACAAAUUGUGACAUUGAAAUAAUUGUGGUCGUUUCCAAACAAGAGCUAUAUGAUUACUUUAGAUUCAUAUUUUUUAAAGAAUGCGCCCUGUUGGAAAUAGUUUUGAGCAAAAAGUAGCAUAACUGCCAUCUGGUGCGAGAAGGUAAGGGGUGUGAAUUGAACUGCACUGAAUGAGUACGAUGACUGUAUGUAUUCCUCUGAAAAGCCCUUUGUACAUAUAUAAACAGGAUGCUCCCUCGAGAGAUGUAUUAUGCAUAUUGUCUCAGUUGCACUGAAAGCACAAAAAAAAAUAUUUAAUAUAUAUUUCCUUCGUAAUUACACCUUUUUGUGUAAGUUAUCUGAUGUCAUGUGUACAUUGUUUUUGCAAAUUAUGAAUUAUAUUUUAAUCUAAAUCUUAAAACUCUAUGAUGUAGCAUUAAUUAUCGAAAUUGACUUAUGCAUUUAGGCUACUGUCCACGUGAUUUGGAUGAUGAAGGGACGUCGUGUUCUUGACAGCUCCAGUUAAUCAGUAGCUGUGCAUUGUUGAACAGUGUAUAAAAUGUGCCUCCAGAUACCUAUGGCUGAUGAUUGGCUGCGUAUACACCUGAGGCUUGGUGGAACCUAUACAUAUAUGCCAUUAGACAUCAUGUUCCUUUACAGGAACUCUUUAGUCCAAUAAAGGUCUAUCUGCUUCACCGUUCUAUUGCUGAAUGAAAUACAAUUAAGCACUGUAACUGUUCUUGGCAGCAUAUGUAUUUCGCUUUUUGUUAUUUCUUUACAACGUUUCUCUCUUUCGGAGAGUAGCAAAAUCUCUUCCACGUUUUGUGUUAAUUAUGCGCAUAAUACAUCAGUUAUUGUUGAAUCGAUAUCUGCUGAAUAAAAGUUAUGUAUUUUGUGUCCAA